UGUCUUCGGUUUAGGACUCCAGUUGUUGUUGUACAGUAGAAAAACAAAUCUGCAUUACAAAAAUAAAAGAAAAACAUGAAAAUUUCCCUUUCACGAUAAAAUCGAAUCCAAUAAACUAAAAAUAAAUAAAAAAAAAAAAAACAAGAUUAUACAAAUGGUUUCGGCAACACGUAAACGCAUUCUUCUCUUACUGAUUGUUAUUGUACUAACAUUUCUGCUUAUACGCUUCCUGUUGUACAAUGGAACACUAUUGGCUGUAAGUAUGCAGUAUCCACAGGCACAGGUGGUACAAAAUAAACAACACAAAACUAGCCACGAAACACAAAGUUAUAGACGUGCACCCGGUGCUCCGGUAAUUGUGGCGGUAUUUUAUGAAGCCUUAUGUCCGGAUAGUAAACAUUUCAUAAUGAAACAACUAUUACCGGCCUAUAAAGAGGCAGCCCCGCUAAUGGAUGUACAACUCAUACCCUACGGUAAGGCUACCACUUACACCAAUGCCGAUGGCAGUUAUCGUUUCGAUUGCCAACAUGGACACUUGGAAUGUGAGGCAAAUACCUAUCAUGCCUGUGUCAUUGAGGUGGUAGAAGAUGCGCUGGCGCGUCUUGAAGUUGUGGCCUGUAUGAUACGUGAUAAUCAUUUGCCGAAAGAAGCUUUCCAUAAGUGUGCCAAGCAGCAUAAUAUUGAAAAUAUUGAUCUCAUACAAAAAUGUUAUGAUAGUUCCAAUGGCAGUGAACUGCUGAAAUUGAAUGGUGAUGUUACUCAUGCCUUACGGCCCAGCAUUACUUUCAUACCCACUAUAACCUUGGAUGGUUCUCAAGGACGUCAGGCCACUAUUUUGAAAAACCUUUUAGCUGAAAUCUGUAAAAUUGCUGGAGAUAAUGAAAAGGCCGAAGAAAUCUGUAGUAAACAUAUUUGAAGAUAUGUUUUCUUUGGAAAAAAAUUCCAUUUAUGUUUUCAUUUGGAUGCGUUUUAUUUUUCAACAUUGUUAAGUUUUUUCUAAGAAAAUAAGCAUUUAAUUUUUUAAAAGAAAUUUAUCUUAUCAACAAUAACAAAAUUAAUACCAUAACUCACCUGCCACAUGUUGAAAACGUGAAAAACUGAAACAAGUCCAAAGAUAUUAACACUUUAUUUUAAUUCUAAUCUAAAAAGAACAAAACAAAAAAAUUUCUGGUCAUCUUUAUUUUGUAGACUUCACGAAUUAACAAGAAUUUUUUAAAGUUAAUAAUUAUUUGAAUAAGUAAUUAAUAAAUUUAUAUAUUGUGUAAAGCAA